CUGCUCUGACUGUGAGUCCCAGCAGAUCUCAGUUCUUUCAAGGAGACUCUGUGUCUCUGAGCUGUGAGGAGAACAACAGCUCUGCUGGAUGGACUGUAUGGAGGAACACAACCAGAGAACAGUCAGAGUGUAAAGCUCCAUGGGGGAAACCAGAUGGUCUAAGAUGUAACAUGACCUACAUUCUCCCGGAUGACAGUGGAGUUUACUGGUGUUCGUCCAGAGAGGGAGCAGCCAGCAGCAGCAUCCAGCUCACUGUCACUGGUGGAUCAGUGAUCCUGCAGAGUCCUGUCCUCCCUGUGAUGGAGGGAGAUGACGUCACUCUGAGCUGUCUAACAAAGACCACUCCCUCCAACCUCCCAGCUGCUUUCUAUAAAGAUGGCUCCCUCAUCAGGACUGAGCCCAAAGGUCACAUGACCCUCCACCAUGUGACCAGCUCUGAUGAAGGCGUCUACAGGUGUAACAUCAGGGGUCAUGGAGAGUCUCCAUCCAGCUGGAUCUCUGUUGAAGAUUCCCAGUUUCCUCUCUCCUUGAUCGUGUCCCUUUCAUGCAUCAGUCCUCUGGUUUUACUGCUGAUGACUCUACUGAUAAAACAAAGAUGUUACAAGAAAACUGGAAAUGGGAUGGAAACCUUCUCUCAGUUCCUCAGGACAGAGUUCAGGGAGGAAGACAUCAAGUUCUGGUCGGUCUGUGAAUACAGAACCACUGAUCCAGGAACAGAGCUGCUGUCCAAAGCCAGAUCUAUUUCUACAGCCUUGAUGGAAGCAGAGGCCUCCAAGCAGAGUGUGUUGAUGUUCUACCAGAGCUUCCAUUAG